AUGCAAGGAAAACAUAACUUUAUAUUUUCCUUGGACGGAGAGCAAAAAUCAUUCUUUGUUUCAAAUUUGGAUGUCGCCUCCUUUUGUCGUUUGAUUCGUUCUGCAUUUUAGGUUGAUAAGACAAUCACAGCAUUACAAGAUGCGUAAGGUAAAUGCAAUAAUAUAAUAGGAAACAUUUGCGAUUUGCAUUAUUUUUGCAAUAAUCUGCACGCUCACAAGGAUAAAUUCUACAUUAUAUUGACCGAACAAAGAAAAGCUGAAAGACAGAGUAGGAAGUCUCAUAAGAGUAAAAACUCGAGAGUGCUAACAACAAAUGAAGAACCUUCAUAUUAUGUUGAAUUUGGAGCCUUCUUAUAAGAAAUCCAGCAAAUCAGAUUUAGUCCCCAACAUCCAGUUUUAACUAUAGUGUUGGUAUUUGACAAUGAAUACUAGGCUGGCAUCUUCGGCCAACCCAUAGUAAUGAGAAUCUACAAAACAUUUGCAUUUCUCUAAGCCUAUUACACAAUAAUCUAGGAGGAGGAAUCUGAUUCAUUGUUAUUAACGGUUUUUGAAAAUUAAAUUCUUAAACAUGAAAUGGAGAUGAAAAUUAAUCACUCCGUAGCUGAAGAUGUGUGCUAUUAGAUUGAGCAAUUGCUUUGUGAGGAAGAAGAGCCAGAACCUAUCUUAUAAGGUAGUUUUGCAACUCCUAAUAGUAAUGCAAACAACAACAUCCCCUUGAUUGUAACCAGGGGGAACGAGAAAUAGAUUUUAUAGGUGGAGGCCAAUGAUAACUUUCAUUCAAGUUAAGGCAAAAGAACACAUGGUGUAAUGAGGGUAAAGAAGGCGGUUGACAAAUUUCGAAAUCGAUUCGAAUCCAGAGAAUAUGAAUACCUCUUAGGAUUAAUUAUAGGCUAAGAUUAAUCAGUCUUUGCUGCAUAUCAACUAUUUUAAAAAUAACAGGACGACGAGAAUUUCAUUAGAAAUCUGAAAUUGCUACUACCUCAGGAGGACAACAAUAACCUUUCGUUUUAAAACAAUCUCAAAUUCAUCACUAGUCCCAGUCGGAGUGAUCUCCAUUAAUCUGUUAAUUUCCCCUAUGAUUGUAAUCCAACUCCAGGUUUGAGAUCAACCGUAACAAUUAUGGAAUAAUUACUUAAUUCAGGAGAUUUAGAUUCAAUUGAGUCUGGAAUGUUGAGAGAAUUGAGAAUGGACAGCGAUUUGGACGAUUUGGUAAAAAGCCUAAUGGAAUACCCUCAAGAUGUUCUUCUCCAAAUAAUAAGACAAUAUCUCCAAAGUCUGUUUUAGUAAGAAAUAACUAAGACCUUCAAUUCUCAUUAAGUAGAGUACUUUCUAUAAGAAAAUGCAAAUAAAUAAAAUCCUAUUUAUGAGGGAUUUCAAAGAUUUGGAUAAAAUGGAUAAUUAUAGGAGCUAUUUUAGUUCCUGAAAGACAAUGUUGGACAAUUAGAAGAAUAAUUAAGAGAAGAAAAUAGCUAUUCCUAUUAUUUGAUGCAUAAACGACGUAAGGAUAGUCAAGAUGAACAUUUCCAUUUCCAUAUCAAUUUCCCUUAAAUUAACUAAUAGGAAGAACGAAAAUUAAGUGUCGAUUCAUUAGUAUUGGAGAGUAAGAAAGAAAUCAACUUCAUUGAUAAAUAUCAUGUCAAAGUGUUACAAAAAUACAGUAAUGAAGAUUAUGAAAAACUGUUUAUGACUGUUUAUGAUCAAUGUAGUAAAUUCUGUGAUGAACACGAAAAAGCCAAAUUACAUGGAUACUAUACUGCUUAAAAUUAAAGGUUACUAGAAAUCUUAGAUAAAUAUGGGUAAAGAUAUGAUAUCGAUUGCAUUAAAUCAGAUCUCAAUGAUUUAUUAACAUUACAAAAUAAAAAAAUAGAUGAAAUCCCUUCACCUACUCAUGGGGCUGUUAUUGAACCAAAAAUGCAUAAAUAUUAAAAUUUCAAAUUUAUUAUAAAUUUUCUAUAUGAAAUUGAUAAAGUCAUUACUUUAAGGUAAGCAAAGGCAUUUUAUUAUUUAUAUUCAAUUGAAGAUAUGUCUGUUAUGGCAGCUUAUGAAGUGUAUUGCGAAACGAAAGAAUAAGACGAGUUUUUAAAUACUCUAAACCUCAUAUUCAAAGUGUAUUCAUCCUCUUCUAGAUUUGACUUUAAUGAAAUCGAGCAAUUCGAUAGUUUGAUUGAACAGUAAUUAACCAUUCUGUUUGCCUACAGAAGAUGUUUGAAUCAAGAAUAAAGAUUGGCAUUGGAACAAAACAUGAUAUCAUGUGAUAAUACUCUAUUGAAACUCUUUAGGGAUUUCCUUAGAUAGAGAGAUCAGAGGAUAUUCAUCCAGAAGUUAUCAGAUUUUGCAAAUAGUCAAAUUGAAAAGCAAAAAGACAAUUAAUCUAUGGAUCCUUACAUGAAAAAGAUCGACUAAAAUAAUUAACAUAAAGAUUUAAUAAAAGACAUCUGUGCUAAAUUCUUAAAGUCAAAGGUCAAAUAAAUUGAUCUUUUGAUGGAUGCGAUUGACAAGGAUAAUAUUAUGCUGAAGUCUUCAUUGGAAGUCUACGAUUACAAUUUAGAUAAAUAAGAUUUAGUAGAAAAUAUCCAGUUAAUCUAUAAUUACAUCCUAAAAUCUAAUGUGAAAAGUAUAUUGAAAGCAAACUUAAUUGAAUUAGGAAGAUCAAAAACUGAUUUAACCUACUUGUUAAGAAAUAUUAAUCAAGAUGAGCCAAUUCUUAAAGGAGCGUUUGAAUUGUAUUUCUAAACCAAAGAUGAAGCAGAACUAAAGGAUACUAUUAGUCGAAUACUCAAAUUUAGCAAUAUUUGA